UCACAUUUAUCUUGCAGGCGGCAGCGGAGAUGGCAACCUCGCUGGAAACGCGCGGGGGAGCCUGAGCCGGCAGCCGGAGACGCUCUGCUCGGCGGCGUGCUCCAUCGCCCCGCCGCCUCGCGGACCCUCCAUCUUCCUGCUCAGUUCCGGGCCAGGCUAGCCCCGGCCCCCGGGGUGGGGUAGGGGGGGGGCCGGCUCCCGCUUCUCCUGGGGCUCCAGGUCGUUCCCCACCCCCUGCCCUCCGCGACUCAACUGCCUGGGUCCCCCCCCCUCCCCCGCCACACACACUCACACGCGCCCGCGAGCACACACGCACGCACACACACACUCACACGCCAGCAGGCUGCUGGCCGCUCAAUGGACCGAUUUCCCCGGUUUCCCUGAACCCAGCUUAGCCCGGGAUGAGAAAUUGCAAAAUGGCCCGAGUCGCCAGUGUGCUAGGGCUGGUCAUGCUCAGCGUGGCCCUGCUGAUUUUAUCGCUUAUCAGCUACGUGUCCCUGAAAAAGGAGAACAUCUUCACCACUCCCAAGUACGCCAGCCCGGGGGCGCCCCGAAUGUACAUGUUCCACGCGGGAUUCCGGUCACAGUUUGCGCUGAAGUUUCUAGACCCGUCAUUUGUGCCCAUUACGAAUUCUCUCACCCAUGAACUCCAAGAGAAACCUUCUAAAUGGACAUUUAAUCGGACUGCGUUUUUACAUCAAAGGCAAGAAAUUCUUCAGCAUGUCGAUGUAAUAAAAAAUUUUUCCUUGACCAAGAAUAGUGUUCGGAUUGGACAACUGAUGCAUUAUGAUUAUUCCAGCCAUAAAUAUGUUUUCUCUAUUAGCAAUAACUUCCGCUCACUGCUCCCAGAUGUGUCCCCCAUUAUGAAUAAGCGUUAUAAUAUUUGUGCUGUGGUUGGAAACAGUGGAAUCCUGACAGGGAGUCAGUGUGGACAAGAAAUAGACAAAUCAGAUUUUGUUUUUCGAUGCAAUUUUGCCCCUACGGAGGCGUUCCAAAAAGAUGUUGGGAGGAAAACCAACCUCACAACCUUCAACCCCAGCAUCCUGGAAAAAUAUUACAACAAUCUUUUAACCAUUCAAGACCGUAACAACUUCUUCCUCAGUUUAAAAAAGCUCGAUGGGGCCAUUCUUUGGAUCCCUGCAUUUUUCUUCCACACUUCUGCAACCGUAACCAGAACGUUAGUUGACUUUUUUGUUGAACACAGAGGUCAGUUAAAGGUCCAGUUGGCUUGGCCUGGAAAUAUAAUGCAACAUGUCAACAGGUACUGGAAGAACAAACACUUGUCACCCAAACGACUGAGCACAGGCAUCCUUAUGUACACUCUUGCAUCUGCAGUCUGUGAAGAGAUCCACUUGUAUGGAUUCUGGCCUUUUGGAUUUGACCCCAACACAAGGGAAGAUCUUCCAUACCAUUAUUAUGACAAAAAAGGAACCAAAUUUACCACCAAGUGGCAGGAGUCUCACCAGCUGCCUGCUGAGUUCCAGCUGCUGUAUCGGAUGCAUGGUGAAGGGCUCACCAAGCUCACUCUGUCACACUGUGCCUAAGAACUCCAAACGGAAAGUGCCAAAUGGCUGUUUUCAAAGUGCCCCCAAACCAAAUUGAAUAGUCUCCAGAAUAGAACCCCAAAGACAAUCUGGCAAAGCUUGUCUGCCACUUACACGGAAGGAUGUCUUCUCUUCCUCCUCUGCACUGCUCUUUACAUGGUCUUAGCAGACUUAGGACCGGUGCAUUGAAGCCACGUGAGUUAGACUUGAUUGGUAACGGUGAUAUUGCAUUUGGAAGUACGCUGCACAGAGAAUGGCUUGACAUAGUUGAGCGUUUGUAUUUUGAUAAUAAACUGACUCCCGUGUGGAUGAGCUGUCGUCUCCUCCAUGGCUGUCCUCUCUUGAGCCCUACUCUGAUACAGUCCUCAUAAUCAGAGAGCUCUAGCCAGCUUCAGCAGGAUCUCUUUUGCCAGGGGGAUCAGAGUCUUCAAAAACAAAAAAAUAAAAAAUCUGGUUUGCAGGUUGCACAUCUUCUCUCUCUCUCUCUCUCUCUCUCUCUCUCUCUCUCUCUCUCUCUCUCUCUCUCCUUCCCUCCCACCCCACCCCCCACUGAUCCUGUUGCCCUAGUACCAUUGAAUUGAAUAAUUUGUUAGGAAUAAUUCUGGAUUAACUUUGCUUGUAUGUGUUUGCAUCUGUGCUUGAUGUGUUCAAGACUAUGGGUAACUUUGAUGUUUCAUGACAAACUGAAAAAAUUAUGACUUCCUUCAUGAUGAAUUCUAUAGAAAAUGUCUCUUACCAGGUCCUCACUUGUCCAUACUGUUAUUCUACAGUAGGGUGGUCUAUCUGGGUAGAGUGGUAUAUGGUACAGUGCUGGCAUAUGGUACAGUGCCUCUUUUUCUGUCACAAAGAAAGUCCAUGCUGUGGCUGGCAUGAGUACAAUUGUGGGAGGUCCUACAAGGACCUUCUAGCCUGGGCCUUCAACUAUCUCAUUUCAAGCACUGGGCUGGGCACUCUCAGAACAUAGAGGUACUUAGUUAAUUUAAAAGCCUGGGGAAUAUGAAGAAAAGAGAUGUAUGUUUGCAAGCUAUAUACUCUAUAAAGUGUUGUGACCAUUUUAAAAGCACAGCAUUGUGAUGGAAGACAAGCUAGAGCUUUGGCCAGGCUGACUCCUGUGUGAUUAAUGUUUGCAUUGGUCAGGUCAGAUCCUUUCUGUGACAUCCCCACAAACAACCAUCUAGACCUGCUUGGUUUCUUUGAGACAGUUGUAGAUAUUAUUCUCUGUCUCCACUGAAAUCAAGUCUGUGUGCCUAUACAUCUGAGCAUUUCACACACUCACACACACACACACACACACACACACACACACACACACACACACACACAAGCCAUUAUGCAGUGGCGAGACUUGGUCCUAAAUAACCUUUGGAAUCUGAGAUCAGCUGGCCAUUGUUCUCCUUGCUUCAGCUGCAUCAGGAGAAAUCGCAUCUCUCCCAUCCCAGGCUUUUACACUGAGCAGCGCUUUGUUCUUCCAAUUCAACCCAAAGUCUGGCCAAGUUGAUGUUAAAUUUUAAUAAGAGUUUCUUUCCUCUUUCCAAGUGCCUGUGGAGCACAUUUGUUUUAUGUUCCAUUGGGGCAACUCAUUCUUCUCCAGAAAUCUCAUCUAGAUUGCUUACAGUGUUGUAAAUCCUUUUGAAAAUCGUUAGUUCAGUUGUCAAUGCACUGCCCCUCUUUGGGAAGAAACAAACAUGCCUAAAAAGAAGUGCAAUAAGGAGACAUCUUAUGCUUGUGUACCGCCUGGUCCUGAAGCUGCACUGUUUUUUGGGAGAAGCUAAAUCUGACCCAGAUACAAUCUAAUGCAAGAAAACCAUUCAGAUCCGAACACAGUACCAACCGUGGCACAGCUUACACCCUGUGAAUGUCAAUCAUUCAAACAGAUGAGAGGAAACAGAGGUAAAUAUUUCAAAAUAAGAAGCACUAACUAUACACAGAAUAAUAAGGAAAUUAAAAUUAUAUGCUAUUAAAAAAAAAAAAAAAAAAAAACUUUAGCCGGGCGGUGGUGGUGCACGCCUUUAAUCCCAGCACUCGGAAGGCAGAGCCAGGAGGAUCUCUGUGAGUUCGAGGCCAGCCUGGGCUACCAAGUGAGCUCCAGGAAAGGCGCAAAGCUACACAGAGAAACCCUGUCUCGAAAAAAAAAAAAAAAAAAAAAAACUUUAAAAUUCAAUGAUAAUUUCAUGGGCGUGAAAACCAUACCAUGACUGUGUGCUGUCACUUUAAACCACACCCUGGCUGUGCCCUCUCACUUUAAAGGGCAUGGGACACCACGCAGCUACUGUCCUGCCAUGAUGGGUGUGAGUUAUGGAGAGACUGAUAACUGACAGAAUUGCAUCUGUUAUCAUCAGGAUUGAAAGGCUUGGCUAUUCCUGAGCACUUAGUUCGUUUGACUGCAGUUCAGGGAUAUUAAUGCCAAGAUUAUCCAGGCUGGCUUCUGACUCCGGAGCUUUAAUCUCAAUGUGCCCAUUAGGUCUCACUAAAUGGAAACUGGGGCUCUGCACCGGACAAGACGAAGUACCAAAAGACCAGAAAAUCCCCAAAGCUAGCUUAUUGUUCCAAGAUAUUCUAUAUCAAUUUGAUCUCAUCAGAAUGUUGUGAGAUUUGUUUGUUUUUAAUUCGGGGAGACUUUUUAAAUCUUACUACAGCCUUGCUCCCCAACCUUAGACUAAGAAACCCUUCCUGUCCUCUACCAUCCCUUCCACUAUAAAUAGAGGAGCUCAAAAUCAUAGGAAAACAGACUUCUCUUCAGAACCAGAAGGGCUUGGAGACUAGUCCACCCCUGCCGCUAGGAAGGAUUUCUUGAGCCGAUCCCCACAUCCUGUUUAUGAUAUAACAACAUCAAAUAAUAAUGAAUUAUCUGGAAAAGAUUCCAAGCCCUGCGAUACUCUUCAACCACAAAUUCACACUUUUAAAAAUUCCUUUACACCCAGGUGGUGGUGGUGGUGGUGGUGCACACCUUUAAUCCCAGCACUCAGGAGGCAGAGCCAGGCGGAUCUCUGUGAGUUCGAGGACAGCCUGGGCUACAGAGUGAGCUCCAGGAAAGGCGCAAAGCUACACAGAGAAACCCUGUCUCAAAAAAAAAAAUCCUUUACAAUGUAAACCUCUCCAAUUGUAAAAAACCUUGGGUACAAAAUGUUGGCAGAAUACUUAUCGCAGGUUCCCCUGUAUAGUAAAAGCCUUUCUGGCUAUUUUACCAUCAGCCAUACCCUUGACCUGCUAAUCCAGUGGUUUGGAAAUGCAACCAUCAGCUGAUCCUACAAAAUCUCUGUUUUCCAGGACGAUUUCAAAUUGUAACCACUGUCCUGAUGGGAAGGCUUCCUUAUCAGAAAGGCAGCCAGAAUUUGUCGUCUCUCCCACAGUCCCCAGGCUUGUAGAUUCAAGUGCAGUGGACAGAGCAGAGGGACCGUGGGGCCUCCUGUCUCUGCAGCUACACAGUCACACCCCUGGCCCUCUACGUCGGCCUCACUUGGUUGUGUCUGAUUAGUUAGUUAUAUUCUUUGGAUAGAAACAUUCUCAUUUUUUUGGCUACUAGGAACAGAGUACAUGGUUGGCUAUGUGAAUAAAUUUCACCAUAAAGCCCCCAAGGAUGUCUGAGAAUGACUAAUUAAGCUGCAAAGGAGAAAAGGAAACCCACAAACUCUCGGCAGCCUGUUCAUUGCUAGACCUUCGGUUUCAUCCGUUGUUCUGAGUGUCAUGUGGAUAAUUAUUGGAGAAGUUAUAAUUUCACAUCUUAACCUUAUCAGUAUCGAAGACAAACUCAAAGGAAAACAAUUUGGAUCUAGAAUCUUUGGAAUACAAACAUAUCAGUGAAGUGCUGUAAGGGAGAAAGGGGAAAAGGUUACUAAAUCCACCUGCUCAGGUACACAGCAGUAGAGGAGACAUUUUGCCCAGUACACAGCAGUCUGCUGAAAACCACCCACUCCCCCUUGAAAUAAGAGAAAAAUCGCUUGUUACAUCAUUGUCUCAUAAACCCCAGUUCAGUUAUUGAUGGUGUAUUGCUGACAGCUGAACACAUACCUGAUAAUAUAUUCAUCUUAAUAAAAUCUUGUUUUAAUAAUGUGUAUGCAUGAUUUAGAAGUGGAAGGCUGGAAGUGACUGUGUGCUUUUCCUUGUAUAUAAUUUUCAGCAGGGGCCCCUUGAGUUAAGAAAUGUUUUCCAUGUUGUAAGUAAUUUCAACAACAGACUUUGAAUUAUUGUAUUAGUUUAAUUCAUUAAGAUUGUACAAAGAGAAGUGAAUAACUUAGAUGGUUCUUCAUUCCUUUCCAAUGGCAUUCUGAGGACUUUUCUGUAUAGUUCUGGGUCCUCAAAGCCUUAUUUCUCAUAACUGCUUGAAUGCAUCAGGCAAACAUUUGCUUAGCUUGUGGAUGACUGACCUUUUGACUACAGAGUCACGGCUGUGUGUGUGUGUGUGUGUGUGUGUGUGUGUGUGUGUGUGUGUGUGUGUUUGAAGAGUUCUGAUGGGACACCAUGGGUGCUGAGAACAGAGGGCAUCUAGGCCACUUUAUCUGUGGGCCAUUUAAUCAAGGUCACUCAUGAGUGGACGCCAAGGACCAAAAUGAAUAAUCCUGCCUCUCUCACACUCUGACUGCUUUGCCACAAAAAUCUAACAUUUCAAAUGGGAAAUGUUUUAGGAUGUUAUUAUUUGCUAUGUAAUAUUUCUGAACAUUUCUUUUUGCUGUGAUGAUUUGUUGAAGAUACGUGAGGUUGAAUAGAUGCUUUCAUCCUUGGUGA